CGCAUUUUCUCGACAGUACUCCACGACCACUACUCCGCUCCCAAUGGUUUCAAAUUUGAGCUCAAAGUAAAUGAGAUAAACAAGACUAAUUUGGUGGCCAAAGUGACCGACUUUGUACGCGUGGCACGUGAUUGGGACCGCGCGCAGUCAGAGGGAGGGGUCGGCUAUGAAGAGAGGGCGGCCGUCGACUACUUUAACUAUUGGACCGGAUAUUAUAGUAGUCGACCGGCGCUUAAAUAUAACAAUCGGAUAAAUAAUAAUUUACUCCAGGCGAGUAAACAACUGGAAGUGUUGGCAGAGUUAGACCCGAAGAAAACACGUGUAUUACUAGACGAGGCCCGUAAUGAACAGGCAGUGCUCACACAUCACGACGCCAUCACCGGUACG